AUGUAAGAAGAAUCUAAACCAAAAAAUUGUGCACAUAACUUAGAAAAGCCCGUUUAGGAGAGAUAGUCAAAGGAAUUUGUAGGAUUAAAAAAUAAGGGUGCCACAUGCUAUUUAAAUUCAUUGAUUUAAGCAUAUUACGCGACUCCAGAGUUUAGAAAAUCUAUAUUUGAUAUGCAAUUAUGUGUAGAAAAUAUUACUAAAAAGAGCAAUUUUGUAGAAAAUACAAAUAGGCACAACUUUUUGCUAGCAUUCCAAAAACUUUUUGUAGAAAUGUAGGAAUUAAAUGUUUCUCACAUGAGCACUGAAGACGUUACUAAAAGUUUUGGUUGGGACUCCAACGAAGCCCUGUAGCAACAAGAUAUAUAGGAAGCAAUUAGAGUUAUUUUUGAUGGAUUAGAAAAAGCUCUUAAAGGAACUGAAUUUUAAAAUAAACUAUUAGAAAACUUCAAAAUCGAGACUGUUGAUAAAAUAAAAUGUUUAAAUUGCGGAAAUUCUAGUGAAAGAAUUAAUAUAUAAUAUGAUUUAAUGACUUAAAUCAAAGGGUAAACUUGUCUAGAAGAAAGUUUGAUCAAUUUUUAAAAUUAUGAAAAGCUUAAUGGCGACAAUAAAUACAAUUGUGAAAAUUGUGGCUCUAAGUAAGACGCUUUAAAGGGGACAAUUAUCAGAAAACUUCCUAACAUUUUGACUAUAUCUUUGCUACGUUUUGAAUUCGAUAUGGUAAAAUUGUAGAGGAGUAAGCUGAAUGACAGAUUUACCUUUGGAUUAGAGUUAGAUGCUUCUCUAUUUUGUGAUUAAUUUGAUGAUUUAUAAUCCGACUAAGGAGAAUAAUCUAUUUAUGAGCUUUAUGCUGUACUUAUCCAUAAAGGUGGAGCUCAUGGAGGACACUAUCAUACAUAUAUUAGAGAUUUCUCUUAAAAUAGUGACUGGGUAGAUCCUAAAAUUAAAAAAGAAUCUAACCAAGAUGAGAUAAAUUAAAAUUCAGAUGCAUCAAAAUAGAUGGAAAUAGAAAUCUAAGAUAACCACGAAAAGUCAUCAAAUGGAAAGAAUGGCAACGGGAAUCAUUAAAAUGGAAAUAGCAGUAGUAGCUAUAAUAACAAAUCUUUAAAAAGAAAUACAAGAAGAGCAAACAAAGGUAAUGACUAAUAAGAUGAUGAACCUUUUCCAAUUCCAGUCGAAAAUCAAAGUCUAUUAGAGAAUUGGUUUGAUAUUGAUGAUGAAAUCAUCAAAUGCAUUUCAGGAAAUAAAAUAUAAAAAUAAUUUGGUAGUAAUUCUGAUAAAGAAAGUGCUUACAUUUUAUUGUACAGAAAAAAAUCUCUUCCAAGGCUAAACUUGAAAAUACCUGCAUACUUUGAAGAGCACAUUAAUUCCAUCAACAAUGUUUUCUAAUAAGAAAGAACCCACUAUGAAAACGAAAAAAAUUCAAUAGAAUUGGCAAUUAGAUCUUAUGAAAAUUUGAAUUUAAAGACUUUUAAGUUCAACGAAAAUGCAGAACCUACAAAAAUGAUAAAAAUCUCUAAAAAUUAAAAAGUUUCUGAUCUUUACGAACUGCUGAACUUAAGUAGCGAGUAUUCCCUAUUCGAAAUAGCCUAUUGUGAAAAUUAAAUGGUUUAAAUUUACUAAGAGGUUAUUUAUGAUGAGGAAAAAAAAGUAGGAGAUAUGGAUUUAGAACAUCGCUCAGAACUCAUAUAUAUAAGUAAAUUGUAAAAUGAAAUUGAUUACAAUAAAAUGCAGAAAUAUUGUGGUAAAGAAAACACUCCUUAUUUGAUCAAGGUUAUAAAAAAUGGUGAGAAUCAGGGUGAUAUUAUAUUCCACAGUAGUAGAAGCUUGAGAGAUCUUAAAUAAACUCUUGUACACUUAUAUGAUGUACCUUAUCAUAAAUAGUAUCUGAAAGUUGCCAACGGAGGAGCUACAUAGCAAAUUCCAAAUCAUGUUUCAUCAGAAGAAUAGACUAUUAGUGAUUUAGGCAUCAUCUAAGACUCAACCAUUAUUUUAAGUGAAUUAGAAGAUACUGAAAUGAUUCAGGAAGGAAAACUCUAAGAAGAUCAAAGAUAUAUAAUUCUAGAAUAUGGCAAAGGACAGCCAAAAAAAUAUGUGAUUAAUAUAAAUGACACUCUUAUGAAAAUUAAAAAUUAAUUUGUCGAAUCUUUAACAAACGACCCAAAAUUAACAUGGAGAUUCAGACAUGUUGACGAAAAUAAAAUCUAUAAACAUGAAGACUAUGAUAAAUCAUUCAAGGAAAUUAUGCCAGAGAGUACUUAAUAAGAUGAAAUUAGGUUAUAAUUAGAGGAAGGCCCUACUCCUAACAAAGAAGAAGUUAUCAUCACCUUCAAGUUUUAUGAUGAUAAUUUUCAGCAAGAUGUAUCAAGAGAGGUGAUAGCAAAUCAAUCUUCAACAAUCAAAGAAGUAAAAGAAAAAGCUUGUUCUCUGUUAGAACUGGAUCCAUAGGAAUAUUUCGUGUAUAAAGUAGAUGAAAAUGAGCAACCUUCAACUUGUGUGAAAAGAGAAGGACAACUUUUAAACUCUUCAAACUUAAAAAAAUGCACACUAUUUUAUUUGAUAUCAAUUACAUAAAAUGUAGGAGUUUCUGAAUAAGAGUAUGUGCUCUAUUACUAUCCUGAUGAUAAUUAUGCCAAUUCUGCUUUCAUAGGCUAAAUUAUCUUAAAUAAAAACUUAACUGUAGAUGAAAUAAAAGAAACCAUAGCUCAAAAUGAAAAGCUUAGAGAUCUCACACUUCACUUAGUUGAUAAAUUAGAAAAAGAUAAUAUUAGAUUAAGAGAAAUGAGAAAAAACCAUUAAAUGGGUACUAUACUGAAAAAGAGUGAUAAAAAAUUUGGUAAAAUUGUUGGUAGCUCAAUUGAAGUGCUGUGUGUAUAGAUUAAAGCUUAAAAAGAAGUUUUAGAAGAAGAUGACUUAGUCCUCCAAAUCACAAAGCGUAAAGUUGAAACUUAAAGUUACGAAUAAAAUGAAGAAUUCAUCUUCAAGGCUGGAAAGGCACCUACUAUAAAUGACUUAAAAAGAGAGAUUAUAAAGCAUUUGAAAUUAGAAAUUACUGAAGAUGAAAUUGAUAUAGCUAAGCAUUACAUAAAUUAAUUUGAGUGGCGAGAAAUCAACUUAAAAACAAUUUAAAAAUACAAAGAAUCAUAGUUAAAAGCCAUUACAAAAAAAAAAGGUAAGAAGAAGAAAGGUACAGCUUCUAAGUCAUAAACUUCAAAUUAAUAAAAUUAAGUGCCACAAGAGAGUGAAUUAAUUGGUAAAUUAAAUAAUUAAAAAUAAAUUAAAUAUUUUAUUCAACAAAUUAAAAGAUAUUUUAGAAGAUUUGAAGAAAAGUCCUUACCUUUUAAAAGAUGGAGGUAUUUAAUUAAAUUUAAAUAAACUAACAUCUAUUUUUUAAUACAAAUAAAAAUUUAGAUGAAAUUGGAUAUAGACUUAAAAGUGAAAACUUGGAUGGGAAGGAUGAUUUUCAAACUGAGUAAGAUAAAGAAAAUAAAAAAAUUUACUAAACAAAAAAGAAAAACAAAGAUUAGUGGUAAUCCAUCAAUUUUGAUGAUGACAAGGGAUUUGUGCUAAACUUAAACUUUGAAGAUGACGAUGAUGAAGAUAAUGAUAUGCAAGAGGAAAAAGAUGAUUCUAAUGAGUGAUUAAAAGAAUUUUUGGGUAUGUAUCUACUUACUUGCUGUAUUUUUUAAUCUUAUCAUAAAAAAAUUUUUUUCAAGGGAAUUAAAAAUUUACUUUUAUUUAUAUCUAAAUUAACUUAAAAUGUAUGUAUUAUAUAUAUUUAUUUCAAAUUAUUUAAUAUUUUAUAAUAAAAUAAUAAUUCUCAAAUUAGUUUUCUAUAUACAUUUAAACAAACAAUUAUCAAACAUUAGUCUUGCCUUAUUUAUCAUAGAUACAUUUUUAGUUUUAUUUUUAAAAAGUAUGUAUUUACAAUAAAUUCUCAUCAAAAAGUUAUAGACUAAAUUGUAUAUUUAAAAAAAUUUUUAAAUUAAAUAGAGAUAAAAUGAAUAUAUAAUUCGUUUUUAUCUUCAUUAAUCAAGUGAAAAGCCCAAAAUUAUAUAGUUUAUUAAUAUUCAAUUUAAAAUUUAAAAUUUUUUAUUAGAUUCUGUUUUUAUAUAAAAUUCAUAAUUGAAUUUAUUUUAAUAAUAAAUCUUUAUUAAAAAAAUCAUUGCAAAAAAAUUUACUCAUUAUAUUUUAUCAAACUACAAAUUAAAAUUUUUUAUAAAUCAAAUGAAUCUUAAAAAAUUUUUUGUUUUUUAUAGAUUGUUAAGAUUUAUAAGUAAAAUGAUAAUUUAUAGACACUAAUUAAUUGUGUAUAAAAUUUUUUGUAAAAUUUCAAUAUCCAUCAGUUUAUGUUAAAAGAAAUAUUGCAAAUGUUUAUGUUUAUUAAUUUUAUUUGCAUAAUCAAUUUAGUUUAUACUAGCAUAAAAGAAUAAUAUUAAUUCUUGUCAUUUUUAAAGUAUGAUUUCAAGAUUAUUACAUUUUAAGAAUCAAAUGAAUCUUUAAAAACAUUAUCUCAUUUUUGAUUUAAAUAUCUAAAAUUAAAAAUAACAAUAAAUCUUUAUCUUUACUUAUAUUAAUUUAUUUAAUUGA